AUGGCGGCCGCGACGACAACGACCCUGGACAACGAGCACCGUCCGCUGCUCCCACGCCACGAGGACGACGCACACAGCAGCAGUAGCCGGCAAUCCGCCGAGGCAGACGACAACGAAGAAUCGACGAAAAGCAUGGCCUGGGCACGACGGAACCAGUGGAUUGUGCUCGCUGUUGCGAGCGGCGCCUGCGCUGCUUUCAAUGGCGUGUUUGCGAAGCUGACCACGACUGAUCUCACAACAAAUAUCUCACAAGCAAUCUCCAACUUCCUUCACCUGCAAAACAUUGAAGGUGCCUUCGAGGUCGUCUUGCGAGCCGUCUUCUUCGGACUCAACCUCGUCUUCAACGGCAUUAUGUGGACUCUCUUCACCAAAGCCCUCGCCAAGGGCCAAUCGACAACGCAGGUCUCCAUCAUGAACACGUCGUCCAACUUCGUCAUCACCGCCAUCCUUGGCUUCGCCAUCUUCUCUGAGACCCUGCCGCCGCUGUGGUGGGUCGGCGCCGCCAUGCUUGUCGCCGGGAAUGUCAUUAUUGGCCGUAAGGACGAGGAGGCCGACAAGCCCGGAGGCGACUAUGUGCCGGUACCCCAGCAGCCCGGCCUCGCCACUGUGCCCCUGGACGGUCCUGAUGAGGACAAGGACUCUGAGGACGAGGAUAUUGUUGAUUUAGGAGACUUGAACUCGCCGGAGCACCGGGAUUGA